UCUCGUCUGCUACCAAGAAUAUGCAACCAGUGUCGUCUGCUGAUGCACCGAGCGCUGUCGUGUGCUGCUCGCCCUCGCCGCGGUUCGGCGAUCGCGAUCGCCCCGGGAGGGGAAAAGGAAACAACCUCGGGAAAGAUAUCAACAUGUAAAAAAACGUGAUUGUGGUGGAGAGCGCGAAAAUUGAGGAGGUCGCCGGGCCCCGCCGCCACCACCGCUUGCCGCCGCCGCCUGUUUUUCCUGGUCUUGGUCUCGGGGGGGAUACGUCGGCGCGUCGUGCGCCCACCACCGGUUGCGAGGAGAGUCCGUCGUCUCCGCUUCUUCUGCCUCGCACGCAGACCAAGGGACGCCGGAAUUCUUCCAAGUCACCGACCAGCCGACCGCGUCCUCGUUGACCGCUGAAGAAAAAAAAAAAAAAAGCAGAAGAAAAUCACGUUCGCUCUUUCGUUUCGAAUCUACGACUGUCGUCUGCUGCCGUGACGGAAAAACGAGCCGACGCUCGCUUCUUCGUCUUGAAGGACUACAACCUACGCCCCGACGCCGACGUUCCCGGCGUUCGCUUCGCAGCCAUCUCAAUGUCGUUUCUCGAGCGGGGGGUGUCGAGUUUUGGCAGUAUCGUACGCUGCCUCCUCGACGACGCAUAGUGCGGGCGGAGUUGGAUUCACACCACCGGCUGCGGAAAGUGCCGUCUUCCGUGCAUGUGUGCGUAACCGCGAAGUGCUUGUUGCGCUCGUCUAUGUGUAUACUGCCAGUAGUAGCACCAUCGCCAGCGGAUAGAGGAAAGCAGCAGCGACUACAGCGACCGAGACUGAAGGAGCUGUCACGGAACGCUAGGCCUAACGCCGUUCUCGCUUUCCGGGCGUGUGCCAAGAUUCCAUUCUGAAGACGACUUGGGACGAGGACGGCGUCGCUGCUCGAAUCGGAUGAGCGGUUUUCAUCGCGCUGCUGAUUUCGUUUUUAUGUGUGGUUCGUUGACGUGUGGCGUUCGUCGUAUCCGAAUGGCGAGGUGGUGCGGCGACAUCGAGGAGUGUCGGUGACUGCCCAGUGUCCGGAUCACCGAGGAGGCGGUGAUUUCUGUCUGUGUCGUGGUUGGUGAAAAAAAAAGAAAAAAAGCGAUGGGUCAACAGUACAGCCGCGGAGGCGUCGGGUCGCCGGGCAUGGGCUACACGAACCAGGGAGGGUCGCCCGAUCUUCGCACACGUAGGCUUUCUACCAGGCGGGCUAGAGCCGGAAUGGACCGACUGAGGCGUAGCCUACGGGACAGCCUGCGCCGCGGGCGGAGGGAGCAUGUGCCGGAGUGCAGCAAGCCCCACCAGUGGCAAGCAGACGAGGCGGCCGUCCGGGCAGGAAGCUGCACCUUCCCCGUCAAGUACCUCGGAUGCGUCGAGGUCUUUGAGUCCAGGGGAAUGCAGGUGUGCGAGGAAGCCCUGAAGGUGCUGCGCAACUCGAGGCGUCGCCCCGUGCGCGGUACCCUGCACGUGACGGGGGACGGGCUGCGGGUGGUGGACGACGGCACCAGGGGGCUCCUGGUGGACCAGACCAUCGAGAAGGUGUCGUUCUGCGCCCCCGACCGCAACCACGACCGGGGCUUCUCGUACAUCUGCAGGGACGGCACCACCCGGCGCUGGAUGUGCCACGGCUUCCUGGCUGUCAGGGACUCGGUGGGGGGCGAGCGGCUCAGCCACGCGGUGGGCUGUGCGUUUGCGGUGUGCCUGGAGCGCAAGCAGAAGCGUGACAAGGAGAGCGUGCUGAUGAACUUUGACCCCAAGACCUCGAGCUUCACCCGGACAGGCUCCUUCCGGCAGGGCUCCAUCACCGACAGUCUGCCCCAGGACCCACAGGAGGCCAAGCCAUCCGAGGCCCCCCCGGUGAAGUCCGUGGUGAACCCGUACGCGAUAGAGCGGCCGCACGCGACGGUCUCGAUGCUGCAGAGGCAGGGUUCCUUUCGGGGCUUUGGCAGCCUGAGCCAGACGUCGCCCUUCAAGAGACAGCUGUCCCUGCGGCUCAACGAGCUGCCCUCCAACAUCGAGCGACAGCGAGCCAUGUCCCUCGACGCCUCGGGAGACCUGCCCUCCCGCCACAACGGCUUCUCUGUGCCCCCGAUCCCCGAGUCCUCUCCCGUGAGCGAGAAGCCCAGCAGCAUCAGCGCCAUGUGCCAGCAGCUGAGCCAGGAGCUGAGCAUGCUGACGAGCACCUCGGACGACCCCUUCCACCAGGAGCCCAGCCAGCCCAAGCUGGCGUCCGACAAGGCCCCACGAGGCAACCCCUGGGCUGACGCAUCGCGCGCCGACGCCUGGCUGGCAUCCCUGCCCACGCGGCCCAGCCCCGUGCCCCACGAAGGCGGGCCCGCACCCCCGCCCCUGGCCCCGCCCCGCCGCACCCCAGCCGCUGCCCCGCACCCGCGCAGCCAAUCGGUGGGCGGCACCGAGUCGCUGCCCUCGCCUCAACGCACGGCGCUCUUCGAAUGGGCCAGGCAGCAAAAGACCACGGCAGUACAAGACGCCAAUGCCGCCGUCGCCGCGGCGGCGACGACAACGACGAACUACGGCGACCCCUUCGACGCGGAGUGGGCGUCGCUGCCGUUGCAAAAAGGGGGCGGUCCCACCGGCUCCGCCCCCACGGCCGCGAGCGCCGUGGCUACAAACCCGUUCGUGGCGCCAAACUCGGUGAAGGCGUUCGAGGUUCACUUGUAGGAGCCGCACAACAGUUUGACCCGUUGAGAACGGUUGUCGGAGAGGUGCUCUUGUGGAGUGAGAGGAGGUCGAGAGGGGGUGGGGGGGACAUGUCGUCGAAUGGAGUUGGACUCUCCGUCGGUUGCAAGAGCAGAAGCUGCACAACCCCCCGACGUGGGGAGGCAAAAGGGCAGGGCUCCAUAUUUCGACGACGGAAGACGGCAGCCUCCGGGACGCUCGUACAACGAACGAGCGUCCUCGAAGGCACGUUCUUAGAAAAAUCUGAUCCCGCGAACGGCCAUGUCGAGAAGCGACCGAUCGCAGUCGAGAAAACGAUCCACUCUGGGCCGUCUCGGCGGCAGACGUCGUCAUCGUCUCUAGGCCGUAUCCAAGAGAUCGUCAUCGCAGAAACGCCGUCUGCACCGAUUGCCAUUGGAGGGGAGUCUCCUUCGGCAAUUAAAAACGGGGGAGGGGGUGGGGGUAGACUCCCCUAAGCGCCUGUCGACGUGCCUGGCAUGUUUGGGGAUCGAAUGGUCUCUCCACGAAACCAAACCAUCCACCGUCCUGGGGUCUGUUAUGGGACGUCGAAAAACGCCCGCACCGUUUUGCGAAGAUGGAGGGGCAACGAAACAGGACUACGCUUUUGUACAUAAGCUCUUUCGCAUUUCCGUCGUUCGGUCCGAGAUCUGUCGCCCGCCGGCGAAAGUCGUCUCGCCGCCAGUCGCCAUCCGAAGAGGUUUCUGUCCCGACGGUGGCGUGUUUUUGUUAGGAUCGGCUACGGAGGCUCUCCAAGAAGUUGUUUGACGCUCCGUUGGUUUCGUCGCGGCGAAGGCAGCAUCGUCGGUGUUGCCUUUGUGCGCUUCGUACUUCGCUUCUGUUGGACGACGAAGCAACUUUUGCCAUUCCAGCGGGGCUUUUUUGCCGCUUUGCCCACGUCUCGUUUCGUUCCCUGGACUUGCGUAUCUUUUCUCGUCGUUUCAUAACGAUCGGCGGCUUUCUUGGCCCCCUCAUCGUUUCCCUCCCUCCCCCCUCCCCCUUUUUCUGGGUUCGUGUAAGAAUAUUUAUGUCUAUUUUUACUUUGUUUUGAGAAGCCAAGAUGGAGCCGAACCGUGUCCUUCACAAGCUAGAGAAAAAUUACAAAAGGAAAAACAAAAAUAGGCCGAUAUUCCAAUUGCAUGGUGGUGCUUUCCGUUUGCGUGGUGUCGAACGUCGGCAAGCGUCUUCGUCUCCCGGUGUGCUUCUUUCCUUUUCUUUUCGCGGUUACUUUUAUUUUGAAUUUUAGCUCGCACAAGCAUCGUUCAUUGGCGGGAUAGCGAAAUUUUCGGGUGAUACAUGAGACGCGGAAGAUUUCAUGUGUCUCCUGUCCCCUCCCCUCCGCCCCUCCCCCCCCCUCCCAAUCAUCUGUCGAUUCAUACAAAUCGACUUUUGGGCAGUUCUAAGUUUCGCUGCAAACGUUUCUUUCGUUUCAUUCCAUCAUCCGUCGAUUAGCGGCAGUCUCGUCGUUUGUUGGCUCCUGUCACGCAGUGUCGAAGCUGUAGGUACAGACUCGUUUCCCCACCUCUCUUUUGUCUAGGGAAUAUCCUUCCCUAUAAAAGUCUAAUAGGUGAGCUACAAAAGAAAAAAAAAAAUGUGGAGAGAUGUACAAAGACUUUAAACUGUGGUUGACUUUUAUUUCGUGCUUUCUGCUUCAGCAAGCAUAGUAGGGAACAGCAGGGAAAGAACACUUUUGCUUUAGGUAAAGCCUGUUUUUUGUGUGUGUGCGUGAUUGUCUCGUUUUUGCUAGUGCGACCUGUUUUGUGUUUUCACCUGCCAACUUUACCUUUUUGUUGUGCACUGUCUGUUUAAUUAAUGCUGAAAUCAUUGAUACUGGUGUACUUGCAAGUUAUGUAAUAAAUGAGUAUGACAGUGAUAAGUUAUA